ACAAGGCGACGCAGGCCCGACGUCAUCGCUUGCUCAGAAGACGCCAGCCUUCAUCCCCACUCUCCUCUGCAUUCAGCGCACGCGCGCAGGCGCCGCGGCCGCGUUCCUCCGGCCGCAAGUACCCGACUUCCGGUUCCGCGGGGACCGGGAGGCCAGACCGAGGCUAAUGGCGGCGUCCGGGAAGCAGGCUACCGGGACCGUUGAGGAGGCCUCGGCGGAAGACGAACGGCGAAUCCUGGAGCCCGGGGCCGCCCCUUUCGGAAAUUUCCCUCAUUAUUCUCGCUUCCACCCUCCCGAGCAGCGGCUCCGCCUCCUGCCCCCGGAGCUCCUUCGCCGGCUCUUCCCGCAGAGUCCGGAGAUGAGACCGAUCCUGGGGCUCGACGUGGGGUGUAACUCCGGGGAUCUGAGUGUGGCUCUAUACAAACAUUUCCUUUCCCUACGUGAUGGGGAGACCUGCUCAGAUGCCUCAAGAGAACUCCAUUUCCUCUGCUGUGACAUAGAUCCAGUCCUGGUGGAGAGAGCUGAAAAACAAUGCCCUUUUCCUGAUGCCUUGACCUUUAUCACCCUGGACUUCAUGAACCAAAGGACUCGGAAAGUUCUCUUGAGUUCUUUCUUAAGCCAGUUUGGACGUUCAAUCUUUGACAUUGGCUUCUGCAUGUCGAUAACCAUGUGGAUUCAUCUGAACCAUGGAGACCAUGGCCUCUGGGAGUUCCUGGCCCACCUUUCCUCCCUUUGCCGCUACCUCCUUGUGGAGCCACAGCCCUGGAAGUGUUACCGGGCAGCUGCAAGGCGUCUCCGGAAGCUAGGCUUCCAUGAUUUUGACCACUUCCGCUCCCUUGCCAUCCGAGGUGAUAUGGCCAAUCAGAUUGUGCAGAUCUUGACCCAGGACCAUGGCAUGGAAUUAGUAUGCUGCUUUGGCAACACCAGCUGGGACCGAAGUCUUCUGCUCUUCAGGGCAAAACAAACCACAGAGACUCAUCCAAUGCCUGAAUCACUGCUGGAAGAAGGGAAAGAAAGGAACAGAUUAAGAUUCUGGAGACAGUGAGAUGGGAGGGUGGGAAGAUGAGGAAAGAGAUAUUGAAGGGUUUUAUACUAAGAAUUAAAUUCAUUUUCCUUAACUCCUGAUAGUUAGGCAGCCACAAAACCUGGCAGAGGCUUUUGACAAAAUGUCCAAGACAUGCAGAUGAAAGGAUCAGUAUCUGUUCCCCAUUGUUUGGGAUGAUCCCUGCGGAGAAUGCAUCUGUGGAGCAGCGAGCCGAUCUGUCUGGAUUGAGAAUGCCUAGAAAAAGUGAUCCUGGUUCUGUGAUAUGGAAGGAGCUGCUUUUGGUGGUUAUUUAGAAAGACUUAGACCAGGCUAGCCUUAGAUUGUAUCAGUUCUCUGGGCUCCUUGAAUCUGAUCUGGCUUCUUCUGGACUUACUUGUCCUGCCUUCGGGCAAAACCUCACAAUACAAUCUGGAAUAAAGGGUCAUUGGCCUGGCUCAAGGAGAGGGUUAGUAGGAAAACAUCUUAUUUUUCCUGAGCAGGUUAAGUCUCCAAUAUGCCCAGGCUCGGCACAACAGAUACAGAUACUAACCAAGAUGCAUUGACUGGCAUUGAAAAGAUGUUUACCAGGUUUAAAUUAUGAACCCAAAAUCCAGCUGGUAAAAAUGAAAUGAAUGAAGUGGGAUUGUAUACUAUAUAUAUAAUUAUGUAUUAUAUAUAAUAAAAGUGACUUGAAUAUGGUUGAGAAUGUCCUAUGAAUCUGGGGUGGAUAAGAAACUUCUGCUUUUAACCACUUUAUCCAGGGAGUUUCAGCUCAAGAAAAAGAAUGUCACUCAAGCUCAGAACAGAAAACAUGCCAGCAAGUCAGUUAAUUCUGGACUUUUUUGUCAGUGUCCUCUGCCAAAGCACACCAAUAUGGGGGAGAGGGGGACACCAAUAUGGCUGACGGGUGGGGAAUAUGUGCAGGGAAGCAUGCAUAAAAUGCAGUCUACAAUUGGCUGACUACAGCAUAAAUGCUGUGGGAUAGGUGUUACUCAUGUCUGUCAGGUUUUGAUUUUUAAAACGCCUGUGAGUUGAACCUAAGGGAAAGUGGAAGAUGGAGAAAGAUUUGUUUGGUGGAAAUAAGAUAGAAAAACCAGACAUACCUAGCAAAGAAGGGAGAUUGCGUUGAUGAGCUUCAGAAUCCCUAAGAUCUUUUUAUUUUCUGAAUUGAAGUUAGAGAAGGAGGAGCAGGGAACAAGAGAGUCUGAACCACCAAUUAGAGGUUGGACUUCUUGAUGGAGAAGUUAGUAAAAAUUCCUAUAAGGCAUUUGAACUUUAUGCACGAGAGAGCAGAAGCCAGUGCAGUCUCUGAACAAUAGGAGGAUGGAACCAAAACCUUCAUUUAGGAAAACUGAUUUUUCUAUAUUGUGCAAGAUAAUUGUGUAACAGUUGGUGCCAUUUCCAAUCUCAAUUAGACUCCAAUACUACUUUUCAAUCUUUUUAUAUUGCUGCUCCUGAUCACUUUUAUCAUAGUGACUCUUCCAGACUUACCCUUCUGCAGGCUCUUGACUGUCCCUGCUCCAUUAAUCUAAGGAGAUGACCUAACCACCAACUAGUGCCAUUCUGGUUUGCUGUGUCAGGAAGUCUUUUUUUGCACUCAGUCUUGAACCCCUUCAUUUUCUCACCUUUUCACUUCUAAACUAAGCCAGUGAGCCUUUCCCCAAAUAACCUCUGCCUAAUUUCCUGAUCCCAACCUCUCCAAAAUUGUGCUUUAUUGAGGAUCCCCUUGGUAUCUCCUUGGCCUUAUUGACUCCUUCCUGUCCAGCUAUCAACAUGCUCAAUUCUCCCUUCUUCAAAACCAUCAACUUUUCCUAUAUCUUAUCUCCCCCUCAAUCUUAUGCAAUCUUUCCUUCCAUCUCUUCACCACCAAAUGUGAGCAAAGCUCUUAGAAGAGUAGACCCGACAGCUUCUGCUCACUCACCUCCCAUUCAUCAUUGGCCACCUGAGUGCCAAAUUCUUGGGCCUCUUCAGUCUUCCUCCUGGGCCAUGGCACCAUUCAACACUGUUGACUCCUUCCUGAACCAUUUUCCAUGUAUUCUCUUCCUAUCUUUUAGUUUCUCUCUACUCCUUAAGCAAUUGGUUCAAAUUUUAAUUUGGAUAAGAAUUACCUGGAAGUCCUGAAUUCAUCUCCAGAAACAGUGGUUCAGUCAGGAAUGGGGCUUAGGAAUGUUUUUGGUUUGGUUUGGUUUGAUUUGUUUUUUUCCUUUUUUUUUUACUGUGGUAAAAUACAUGUAACAUA